CACACCGCGUGCCUCUUGGUGCGACGUGCAUAGCCGCUACGAAGGGGGGAAGGUCGCAACGAACGUCCCGCAGCCAGUGCGGAGUUGCGGACUGGCGACAGACACUACGGCACUACGGCAUUGCUCCAACCAGGGCGGAAGGAACCGCGGCAACACCCCCUCCCUUGAGCUAUAUUCGUCCCUAUUGUAGCUGCAGAUCGAUGAACGGCGACGUCCCCAACAGCAGCGGCACUCCAGGCUCGCCCGAGUACGCACGCGGACCCACAGUGGCCUCGCAGUGGCCGGCGGAUGUGGAUUUAGAUGCGCUGUACCUAUCGGAACGUGCGGAGGUGGACGAACUUGUGCGCAGCGCCUCGGACAUGAGCGUCUGGGCGAUUGAGAACCGCAAGGAUAACGCCAUGGUGUACUUGCACUCCAAGAACAGCGAGAGGCUCUCCUAUUCCGUGCGUGCUGUCACUAAAAUCGCGGGCUCUGUGCCCGACGUGCUCGAGUGUCUGCGCGCUGUGGACAACGCGAGUCUCAAGGGCUUCCAGAAGCUACUGCACUCGCGCAACUUUCUGGACGGAGAGGUAUUGCACGCGCAUCAGGCAGAUGCCGGUUCUGUUCACGACGGUGCCUCCAUUGAGUCGAUGACGCUGAAGUGGCUCGUAUACUCGUCCCCCAAAACCCUUGGCCGCUCCAAGGAAUUCUGCAUCCGAGAGUAUUGCGUGCUGCUGCCCAACCACCCGGUGCACGGCAAUGUGGGUGUGCUUAAGUUCGAGUCGUAUGAUGGUGCGGCGGCGCGCUAUGGCAUCCGCGGCAAGCCAGAUGCUUACAGUUUGACAGUGUUUGAACCGAGUUCCUACGUGGUGCAGCAGACCCCGGAAGAUCCCAACAUGUGCAACGUCACGCUGACGUUUGCGAUGCGUAAAGCGCGAGGUGGAGAAAGUGUGUCAGCUGGAGUCCGACUAACGUCGUUGAGGCUUGCGGGAGACCUCUCAGGCAUGCAGAAAGCGGUACAACAGGCUCUGUUCGCCCCAGCAGCGCUCGCGCAACGACAGGAAUGGGUGAAUGAUGCUCAGCGCACCAAUUGCUCGCUGUGUGUACAGUCUUUCGGUAUGUUGAAGCGACGUCACCACUGCCGAGUGUGCGGCGAAGUAGUCUGUUCUGCUUGUACCGUGUUUAAGAUGGUCAAGGGAGAUCAGGAUGUGGCGGCGAAAGUGCGAGUUUGCAAGGCGUGCUUGGCGAAGAGUGGCAGUUCAAAUGGCAAUGCGGGGAAUCCGAACUUUGGAAGCACCAUGAUCGGCGGAUUCUCGAACCCGUCGUCUCGAAUGGUUAGCAGCAAUGGCACAGAGCUAGAGAUGAACAGCGGCGCUGCUAUGACGCCACUUCCGAACGGCAUGGGUGUUGGUACUAGUAUCGGUAGUACGAGUUCGCUGACCUCGGAUGAAUCGUACAGCCCACCUAACGACAAUCCGGCUUCGUCGACUCCUCCUCCGAUGCAGUACAAGGGAUCAGUCUUAUCUUUAAAUGAUUUUGACGCAACUGCGCAAAUGAGUGACGAUGGGGGUAGCAGCCCGCCUCCUUUCCACAGACAAACGUCUUCAACUUCAAGUCAAGGAAGAGGAACGGGCUACGAGGGUAGACCGAUUGGUUCCAUGGGUAGAACCGCGUCCAAUGCAAGUAUUGCUACUAGCAGGAAGAAGAACUCGGAUCGUCGUAUCCAUUAUUUCAACGAGGACAUGGAGGAAAUCUGCAUGUUGGCUAUGGAGACGUUGACAUGCCCCAUGGCAGGUAUUCGCACCGAAGAUUUCGAGCUCGUGAGGUAUUAUGACGGCAAGCCGGCACCAGGUCUCCCCCGAAGUCUACCAACCUUUCGACGACUAGCAACUCGUGGUAAGCCAUGCAUUGUGCUCGACGUGAGCUCGGACAAGCGUAUUUCAGGCGAGAAACGCUUCACAGCUAAGUUGCAGUUCUUCGUCGGUAUUCCGUUGCUGGUAAACGGUGAAGUAGUAGGUGACCUGUGUGUGGCGGAUCGUUACGCUCGUGACAACAUCGACCACAAGCAGGUGGAGGUGCUCAACGUGUUGGGUGAGACGGUGACUCAGUAUAUGCAGUCAGAAGAGUACCAGGAAGAUCUGGUGGAGUUUAAGGCUGCUCACUUGGCGGCUCGCAAACCCCCUACGAAUGGCUCAGUCUCCCAGCCAGCAGACGAAGAAGUUAGCGCGCCGCCAGCAGGCACUAAGGAAGUUGCGUUUUAAGAGUAUAGCGAUGUGAAGCUGGAGUACGUGGACACGUUUGGCGGUGGUUGGCGAACUGGGUGGUGUAGCGUGCAACCUCUCGCGGUGUAUAUGUGAUCCUGUCAGGAAGGAGGAUGCGUGUCUAGCUGCGCUUCCUCCUGCCACUUGUUUACCGCAUGAGCGGGAUACGUGAAAAAAAAUUGAUGAGGGGCUUCGUUGGUAGCUGUCCGGGCAUGGAUGGCUGUGUGGAUUCAGAGUUACCCCAAAGUGAUAAAGUAUUUUCCGGUUUUGCCUUCUUUGCUAGACUUUCGCAUGCCUUGUGGAGCCAUUUACUCGUAUGUGGGAUUCUCUCACUUUUGACGUGACAGGCUGAUGUUACGUUCGUGGCAGAUAUCAGACAAUUCAUGUCCGAGCUGACAGGCUUCCGCUUUGUUGGCCAAGUCUAGGAGGCCUUGGUGACGUCAGCGGAGACCGCGGUCGUGGUCGUGUCUGCAUUUCAUCGUCGUAAUUCCAGCAGUUCGGCCAAGUAUCUCGAAUGUGCUGAAGUUCUUCCUGGAUAUUGCGGGUUUUAAGAGGGCGGGCUUUUAGCAGGCGUUGUUGUUCUUCUUCCUCCUGACGACGAGUAAUGUGAGACGAACGUGUGAUUGAAGUCACUGCUAGCGGUGAUGCCCGCUUUCCUGAAGGCGUUGUCUGUACACGGAAUUCAAGGUGAUGCCGCAUAAAAAGUUAGUGUAUGGCAAAGAAGUAUGACCAAAUGCUCUCACAUGUCUCCUACCAUUGGUCGCUGUGGCAAGCGGACAACUCGGUUCUUUUCGGCUUCUUGCCAUUGCCGACUCACAAGUUGCACACCAAGGCGUGUUGGACUUUGGAGCUCGUGAUGAUCCUCGUGAUCAUGCUCACGCAGCGACGGUAGAUCUAUUCGAAUUGGACUCGACAUCAUUGACGGCUUCCUAGCUGGGCUUGAACUAUCCACACCGGAAGAAGGCGGAGAAACUACACUGAUGCGGUGUUUACUCGCUGUGCGACCUCUUUCCUUCUGCUCGCGCUUUUUCUGCUUCUCGUCAAGCAUGUAGUAUGAUGGUAGCUCCAUGCACAAGGGAUCGCCCGCAACAUGCGUGCGUCGCCCACAGAUCAAGCAGCAAUUUCCACUUAGACGCAUAAGUUUGCGAGUAAUCGGGACACGCAGGGAAGGGUAUUGCAAUGCCUGUAAAAUUCGAGUCUCGCGCCAAGCUUCUCGAGCUUCAGCAAUCUUGCCUAGGCGCCUCCGUGUUGGUACUACGUGAGGCUUUAACUCUUUACCACCGAAAUGUAGCAUGAACAUUUUCUUCUGGAAAUAUAAAAUGAUCAUUAGUACGUGUACACGACGUAACUCAAGUUAAGUAACAACGAGUUCUUACUGUGAGUACAAGGCAGUCUACGUCAGUGGCAGCGCGAAUAUCCACAGGGCACAUGGCCAUUUUCUUCUCAGAC